GUUUCUGCCUGCACCGCGCAUCCAACGAGGCAACCAAGAACGAGGUAAGAAUCGACUGGUUUUCGAUUCUUCUGUGCAGCGAAGCAAUGCCUGCGCCUCCUUCCUCGAUGUCCCUACUGAGCAGAUGCUGCUCGUCAUCGCCGACGCCGAAGCAGCAAACUGUGGACAGCAAGCGGCAGCCUAUCCGUGGAGCGCGGCUGCUGCUGACCCGGAGGGCGCAAGUCUUCUCCCUCCUCGCGGGCGCCGCGGUGGCUGUGGUGUCGCCGGCGGGUCGCGCCAGGGCGGUGGAGGAGGUCGAAGGCGCCGGCGGCGAGGGUGUGGUCGGGGCCAUCAAGUCGCUGUUCGACCCAAACGAGGAGACCAAGGCGGGGAAGGUGCUCCCCAAGGCGUACCUGAAGGCGGCGAGGGAGGUGGUGCGGACGCUCCGGGAGUCGCUGGAGGAGAAGGACGCCGCCGGCGACUCGGCCAAGUUCCGGCGGGGCGCCGACUCCGCCAAGGUGUCCAUCAGGGAGUUCCUCGGCGGCUGGAGAGGCCAGCAGUCCGUCGCCAAAGAGGAGUCGUAUGUUGCGCUGGAGAAGGCCAUCAGAUCACUGGCGGAGUUCUACUCCAAGGCAGGACCCUUCGCCUCACUUCCGGGAGAUGUCAAAAACAAGAUCCUUGACGACCUCAACGCCGCCGAGGCCUACCUCUAGAUCUUCUUGCUUAACUUGGCUGCAUUGUAUCCGCACCCCUGAACGGCAAGAUGAACAAAUAUUGUAUCCCAGCUCUACUCUUUGGCCUGCCAAGUUUCCUUGGUGCCGUAGCAUCGUCACAAUCUUGGUAUUUUCCAAGUUAUACUACUAUCACCAUUGUA